CACAAUUCGUGUUUACAACCAGUGUUUGCCAUCCAUUGUCAUCACCAUAACUGAUCCAACGGAUCCAAACACGCAGUCAUACACCUGAUAUCAUCACCUCAUUGUUGCCGCGAAUCUGACCAUCAAUUUGAUUGAAUACCACAACAAACGACUAAAAGAUUCCGAAGACUAUCACCGAACGGAUCCCAUCACACGAUUGUCUCGUGAAUGGUCUGGAUCACCAUUGAGUGAGUGGUUGGUUUCGGUGAACACUUUUAUGUCGAAACGCUUGGCGUUUACUGAAGACGAAUGGAGUGACGGCAGCGGAGACGACAUCGACAGCGGUUUCAGUGGUUCCGCACCACCGAAGAGACGGAGACAGAGUUGCCAGACGUGGCAGUCGUCUCGCGGAACGAGUGGCGACGAUCGCAAAGACAAUAACAACAACACAGACACUAAAUUCUGGACCAAAGCCGGCCAUAGCUUACGAGACCUGACAUCAAAGGUGUCGAAGUGGUUGCACACAACCAAUCCAUUCACCAGUAGAUCCACAGACGAUAGACACCAACGACAGACACCGCAAGACAUGAAUACAAGCUGUCGAUCCAAUACAAGCAUUAAUGAGUCGCCCGUCAGAGACAACAGAGGUAUGAACACAACCGCCGGCGCCGCCAAUAGUAUUAGCGCCCGAUUCGCCACUAAUUGCGUGCAAACCAUACCU